CAUAUCUCCUGAAGUGAGCAACCUCCGGGCGGUGUUCUGGAUUGCGUACAUGGUCGGGGUGGUCGUCGUGGCGGCGUACUCGGCCACUCUCGUCUCCUUCCUGACGGUGCAGGGCGACGACCUCCCCUUCGAUUCCCUGGCUGAUAUUCAGCGGAUCGGCAAGCACCGGCUCGGGAUCCAGAAGGGGUCGGUUCUUGAGGAGUUCUUCAAGAACCAGAACUUCAUCCAGUACUUCAACUCCCUCAUCGCGCCCCACCCGGACACGCUGGCCAAAUCUUACAAGGAGCUGAGGGCACAGGCUCUCGAGGACUCGGACUUCGCCUACGUGGGCACCUACGAGAUCCAGCGCCUCGACAGCGUGGGGGCGUGCACCUUCCGCUCGGCCCGCCAGCACCUGCUCUUCAACGACGGCUCGCUCGGCUGGCCCAAGGGCGCGCCGUACGUGCAGCUCUUCGAUCACUUAUUCACGCUAAUGGAUGAUACGUUGCCAAAGUUUGACCCAGUUGCGGCCAGGGACAGGCCAUGUUGCCGGCAGCGUGUUUGA